AUGGCCGAGUACCACCCCUACGAUCCUCGAGCUCAGCAACGGCCGCACCCCUCUCGCGGUUACCCCGAUGCCAACAAUUAUCAACGGGAUGCCGCUUACUCCAACAUAUUCGGUGCUGCUCCUCCUCCGGGACGAUCACAGACAAUGACGUCGUCUUCUGCCGCCGCCCCAAUGGACCCGGGGAGAACGCAGACCAUGUCUUCUACGGCUUCUGGCAUGCCACGCCAACCGCCGCCGAGGCCGCAGCAGGGCUACUAUGGCGAGCGAGACCCCAUGCAGCGACGGCCUGCACCGGGUGACCCCAAUAUAGGAGGCGGCUACUAUCCGGGAUCGAGAUCUGCUUCGAGCGGACAUCUGCCGCCCUCACCACAGUCACAGUAUGCUCAGCAAUACCAGCCGAGACGACCAUAUCUGAGCCCUGGCGGCCUUCUUCCCCCUCGCAUGGAAUCGCGAGGUCCGCCACCUCAGGCUGCGGGCGCGCGAUAUGGCCCUCAGAGCGGAUAUCAAGGUGCCCCACGGCCUGCAAUGAAUAGCGACCCUUAUCGCUCACAGUCCUUGGCCUCUGUUCCUCGGCCGCAAAUGUAUCAGCCGCCUCCGAGUUCAUACCAACAGUCGCCCGCAAACCAAUUUCGCCAGGCUGCCUACUCUCACCACAUCUCCGCCAGAACCACCGCACAGGGCCGGGUUGUCCCCGAACGCCAUCACGACGACCGUUCCAUGUCAAUGACCGGCUCCUUUCACCCCGCGGAUCGAGACCCUCACCAAACAAUGAGCGGCCGCAUAAUUCCGAAUCGAAGGGCGCCCAGUGACGCGUCAAUGUCGAAUGGCUAUGGUCCCGACGGAGGAUAUCAUACUGUCCCAGGAUCUCAGACACGAACCACUAGCUUGGCCUCAUCUGUUGGCUAUCCCGACCACGCCAGAACCAUGUCCAUGGCGUCUACCUCGACGUCUAAUAUUACACCUUCCGAGUCCGACAGUAUGACGCUCGUGAGCCGACCAUCCAGAAGCAAGUCGGUCGAGAGCGAUCGACCACCCACCGCCACCAAGAUCCGCCCUCCGCUUGUUUAUCCUGCGCUACUCUCAAGAGUCGCCGAGUGCUUUCGGCGGAAAAUCAUCACGGGAGACCGCACCAAGAAUGAACUGACAUACAAGAAUGCCUUCAGCGGUUCAGAGGCGGUGGAUGUAUUAUCAUAUAUAAUCCGCACCACCGACCGCAACCUGGCUCUGCUGCUCGGCCGUGCCCUGGAUGCCCAAAAAUUCUUUCACGACGUAACAUACGAGCACAGGCUGCGAGACUCGCAGUCUGAAAUGUAUCAGUUUAGAGAAACCCUGAUGGAAGAGUCCGAGGAAAAGCCCCCCGUCAAUGGUGUCUUUGUACUGCUGACCGAAUGCUACUCUCCUACCUGCACAAGGGACCAACUUUGCUACUCGAUUGCGUGUCCACGACGGUUAGAGCAGGUUUCUAGGCUGAACCUGAACGCGAGCUCCGGCCUCCGAAAAGACCAUGCCGCGGUGAUCAACGACGAUGAGGUGGACCAAACCGAUGAACAGAAACUUUGGAUCAAUACCGUGCCAAAAGAAGUUGCCGAUGCGGUUGGUGAACGCGAAAAGAAACGGCAAGAAGUCAUAUCCGAAAUUUGCUAUACUGAGAGAGACUUUGUCAAGGAUCUUGAGUAUCUCCGCGACUUCUGGAUUAUACCCCUACGAUCAAAGGCCUCACCCAUUCCGUUGCAGCGCCGAGACAAGGUUGUCAAGACCAUCUUUAGUAACAUCAUUGACCAUCCGAGCAUUCACACCGUCAGCUCUCGAUUCGCAUCGACCCUCACAAGCCGGCAGCAAAAGAACCCCAUUGUGCAUAAUAUUGGCGACAUCUUCCUUGACUACGUACCGCAAUUUGAGCCUUUCAUUUACUAUGGUUCCAAGCAAUUGGAAGGGAAGUUUGACUUUGAAAACGAGCGAUCCGUCAACCCAUUCUUCGCCAAGUUCGUAGACGAAAUCGAACGACGAAAGGAGUCGAGAAAGCUGGAACUCAACGGUUAUCUCACCAAGCCGACCACGCGCCUUGCUCGGUACCCAUUGCUACUGGAGAAUGUGUUGAAAUAUACAGAAGAAGGCAAUACUGACAAGGAUGACAUUCCCAAAGUUUUGACCAUGAUUCGAGACAUUUUGGGCAGAGUCAAUGCAGAGUCCGGAAAGGCGGAGAAUAGAUUCAACUUGCGACGGCUUCAGGAACAGCUUAAAUUCCGGCCCCAGGAGAGAGUGGACCUCCGACUCACAGAAGACGGACGAGAGAUGGUGUUUAAGAGCCAGUUCAAGAAAUCACCCACUGAUCCUGCCGAGAUCACCGCAUUCCUUUUCGACCACGCUGUCCUUUUAGCCCGCAUCAAGCAAAAUGGCAAGAGUGAGGAACUCAAAGCUUAUCGACGUCCUAUUCCCUUGGAACUGUUGGCCAUUCGGGAAAUGGAUGAAGUGAUACCCGCGCAGGGCAUGAAGCGCUCAUCGUCUAGUCUGAUUACGUCGAUCAGAACAAACAACGCCGACGCGAGGAAGGCCGAAGGCUGGCCGAUUACAUUUCGUCAUUUAGGCAAGGCAGGCUACGAGCUGACCCUCUACGCUUCAAACCAGGCAGCCCGGAAGAAGUGGUUGGAGUUUAUUGACAAUGCGCAGCAGCGACUUCGCGCGCGUGCCGACUUUUUCAACACGACUGUUAUUUCCAGCAAUUUUUUUGUGGGCACGAACCAUGUCAACUGUGUUAUGCCAUUCGAUGGUGGCCGUAAGCUUCUUUAUGGUACAGACAACGGUGUCUAUCUAUCAGACCGCAAGAACAAGGCCCAGAUUCCAAGAAGGUUAUUGGAAACGCCCAACGUAACUCAGAUUGAUAUUUUGGAAGAAUACCAACUUCUGCUGGUGUUGUCCAAUAAAACGUUGCAGUCAUACGCACUUUCUGCGCUCAACCCCGACGAACCCGCCAUGAGUAAGAGACCGAAAAAGAUUCAGAACCACUGCAGCUUCUUCAAGACGGGCAUCUGCCUUGGUCGACAUCUCGUCUGCUGCGUCAAGUCAUCCGCACUAUCAACAACGAUCAAGGUGUUUGAACCCAAUGAUGCCAUGACCAAGGGGAAGAAGCAAAAGGGCCUUGGCAAGUUCAUAGCCGGUGGCCAUGACGAACUUCGACCAUUCAAGGAGUUUUACAUUCCCACAGAGUCGUCCUCAGUACACUUUCUCAAGUCGAAGCUAUGUGUUGCAUGUGCGCGAGGCUUCGAGGUCGUGUCUCUCGAGACCCUGGAAACGCAAUCACUGCUCGAUCAGGCAGAUACUUCUCUCGAUUUCGUGGCACGCAAGGAAGGUGCCAAGCCGAUUCACAUUGAGCGUCUCAAUGGAGAAUUCUUACUGAACUAUUCCGAAUUCUCGUUCUUUGUCAAUCGCAAUGGCUGGCGAGCAAGACCUGAGUGGCGGAUUGACUGGGAAGGAUCGCCUCAAAGCUUUGCUCUCAGCUACCCCUGGAUUCUUGCGUUUGAACCCAAUUUUAUCGAACUGCGCAGUAUUGAAAACGGCGCAGUGCACAUUGUACCCCAUAAGAACACUCGUAUGCUUCACAGCAGUACUCAUGAGAUCCUGUUUGCAUACGAAGACGAGCGGGGAGAGGACGUUGUCGAAGCCAUUGAUUUUUGGAAGAACGAGAGAAAAUCCCAAAUCCUGAGCGGUCCUUCUACCACCCAUCCAAGCGGCUCUUGA